GCCGGCGCCUUCCGCUGUUUGGCCGUUUCCAUGACGACCAAGUCGGUCGGCUGGUGGUUCCCCUGCGAGAGAAUGAAGCUCAAGAGCCUCCUGCUCCGGUAUUACCCGCCAGGAAUUAUGUUGGAAUAUGAAGAAAGUGGACAACUAAAGACCAAAUCCAUAGAUCUGCUCGAUCUCCAUACCAGUACAGAUGUCAAUGCCUUAGUAGAAGAGAUACAGAAAGCAGAACCUCUGAUCACAGCUUCACGAGCAGACCAGGUCAAACUUUUAAUACAGAGGUUACAAAAUAAACUUGGACAGUACAGCAACCACAAAUUCUAUCUUUUUAAGGUUCUCAGAGCACAUAUACUGCCAUUGACUAACGUUGCACUUAAUAAAUCAGGCUCAUGCUUUAUCACAGGAAGCUAUGAUCGGACAUGCAAACUCUGGGACACUGCCUCUGGAGAGGAACUUCACACCCUGGAGGGUCACAGGAAUGUGGUUUAUGCCAUAGCAUUCAACAAUCCUUAUGGUGACAAAAUUGCCACUGGGUCCUUUGAUAAGACUUGUAAACUAUGGAGUGUAGAAACCGGAACCUGUGGCCACACCUUUAGGGGCCAUACAGCAGAAAUAGUGUGUUUAUCGUUUAAUCCUCAAAGCACAUUGGUGGCUACUGGAAGUAUGGACACAACGGCCAAACUGUGGGACAUUCAGAAUGGAGAGGAAGUGUUCACUCUCACAGGACACUCAGCUGAAAUCAUCUCUUUGUCCUUUAACACCUCAGGGAACAGAAUCAUCACGGGGUCUUUCGAUCAUACAGUUACAGUGUGGGAUACUGAUACUGGAAGGAAGGUGUAUACCUUAAUUGGGCAUUGUGCUGAGAUCAGCAGUGCCUUAUUCAACUGGGAUUGCUCUCUGAUAUUAACUGGCUCUAUGGACAAAACCUGCAUGCUGUGGGAUGCUACAAAUGGAAAAUGUGUGGCAACAUUAACAGGCCAUGAUGAUGAAAUACUAGACAGCUGUUUUGAUUACACUGGAAAGCUUAUUGCAACUGCUUCGGCUGAUGGAACAGCAAGAGUUUUCAGUGCAGCCACGAGAAAAUGCAUUACCAAAUUGGAAGGCCAUGAAGGUGAAAUUUCAAAGAUUUCUUUCAACCCCCAAGGGAACCGUCUUCUCACUGGCAGCUCUGACAAAACAGCUAGAAUCUGGGAUGCUCAGACGGGUCAGUGCUUCCAGGUUCUUGAGGGACACACAGAUGAAAUCUUUUCAUGUGCUUUCAACUAUAAAGGUGACAUAAUCAUUACAGGUAGGGGGGAAAUAAACACCAUCGACUUAGUUUUCCUUUCAAAUUGGCUGUUAGAGUUACGAAGCUGGAUACCAAAAGGAGACACCCCCAUCCCCACCAGGGUCCCUAGCUCAUCUUGGUGCCUUUUAUGUCCUUUAUUUCAUUUUAGCUGCAUUGCAGAACCACAGGAGUGAGCUCUGCCACUGACUGUAAGGCUUUAUGAAUUCUCAGUUUCAGUUGCUCCAGGCGAAGUAAGAAUUCAGUAGCCUGCCUUCUUCCUGUUUCCUACAUUUCCCCAGGUACAGUCCAUCAGAUGGUCAAUACUCAGUUGACGGCAGUAAAUGUUAGUAACUAAAACAAGUCAGGACCUGAGUUCUUCACAGUGGAAUUUAUAGCCCAUUAGAGAUUUGUUCUUUGAGUGAAAUUGUUUUCUCCUUGGAUGUCCCCUCGUGACACAUUAAUAUUGGGGGAAAAGAACACAUAUUGAGCAAUUUUUCAGUGAUUAACGAUUUAUUGUGAAUAACUUAAUAUUAGCGAUAUUUUAUAAGAAGUGGAUUGAGAUCAGGUUAAUUUAGAUUGUGGAAAGGGGAAAAAAAAUGACAAGAAUAUGGCACUACGUUAGUGCACUGCCUCUGGAGGAAACCUUGGCAGGGAGCGGGAUGCUACAGUGGUGUUGGGUAGGGAUGCCCUCAGAGGGCACAGAGGAGCGAAUCUGCCUAACUCUCAGUGAUUCUCAUCGUGUCCAGAAGAUUUUCACAUUGCUUAACUCGUCUAGUAAGUGAAAUGUCGCAUAUACGAAGUUGGCUUUAUAUAUUGGCUGAUUUGGUAGCUUCCUAAUCAUAUAACUUCAGAGGUGCUGAGAAUAAUCUCCCCUUUGCCCUGAAAUACCACCCCUUUCCACCUGACUAUGGAUAAUUUCUAAAAUUGCAGAUUACUUCCUUUGGGCUUACGGUUAGCGAGUGUUACUAAAACAUAGGUACUCCUAAGACGACGCCAUAAUAAAGAAUGUUGGAUCCUUUCUCACAAUGAGGAAGGAGGUGGGAGAUUGUGACAGGAAGCACAGGAGCUGAGGGCCAGGCUUUCCUAGUCUACACCGUUCAUGUUAAGCCGGGUCAGCUAUGCAGUACCUCUUCCCCUCAACCACAGAAGACCCUAAGAGUUAGGGAAGGAAUAUGUGUUGAUUGUGCCUUGUUUUAGUGGUGGCCUUCAAAUGCCUGAGCUCCUUUAAGAUAUUAUCGAUUUAUUUAGUAUUUCCCAAAGCACCAACAUGCUAAAUACUGACCCACUAGAUGCCAGCGCUUAUGAGAAUGGGGGUGACACGUCUGCCUGGCCUUCAGCAGAGCACUGGGUUUGAACUGAUCUGCCCUAUUUCUUGUCAGACCCCAGUGUGAUUAACUGCAUGCAUUUAUUAGUGGACUGCCUGAGGGUUUAGAGUCACUAAAUGGAAAGAAACUGUCCGGUGUGAUCAUGACACUUUUAAAAAUACGAGGUGCCUUUGCGGGGAAUGUGCGGUUUUCACAGGCUUUCCCGAUCCGUGCAGCCCUCACACUUCCUCUGUCGAUGGUACCUGCCUGGCCCCUGAGGUUGAGAGAAGCAGCAGCGCCCAGCACUGCUCCGUACCAGGGCCCAGGGCCGUCAUU